CAUGAGCGCGGGCGUCCGCGAUUCAUAGACGGCAGUGGACGCCCGUGAUGGUUGGUGGUGCUGCGCGUGGUGGCUAGGGGAAAAAAAAAAAAAAGCCGCCAAACCGUGUGCUCGUCGCAGCAGCUGUCCCUUUGGAUUACCCACCCGUCAACGUGUGUGUUUUGUGUGCUCCGCCCUGGAUUACGCAGCGAUGGUUGGACGGCGCUUACCCGCUCUCAGCUCUAUGCUGUGGGAUCGCCCAGUGCAAGCCGAGAAGAACAACUCGUUCGAAAAGAACUACCGCAUCGGUGCGCUGCUGGGCAAGGGAGGCUUCGGCACGGUGUACGCUGGCACCCGGAACCGCGACAACUUGGCGGUGGCCAUCAAGCAUGUGUCUCGGGACAAGGUGACCGAGUGGGGCACGAUGAACGGCCAGAGGGUUCCGCUGGAACUGGUGCUGCUUCGGCGCGUCGACCACGUACCGGGCGUGAUCCGCCUGCUGGACUGGUACGAGCGUCCCGACUCGUUCAUACUCAUCAUGGAGCGGCCGGAGGUGGUGAAGGACCUCUUCGACUACAUCACCGAGAAGGGCGUCCUCGAGGAGACCCUGUCGCGCCUAUUCUUCAAGCAGAUCGUGCAGUGCGUGAUAGCGUGCCACAAGGCCGGUGUCAUCCAUCGCGACAUCAAGGACGAGAACAUUCUGGUCAACCUCAAGACCCUCUCGGUCAACCUCAUCGACUUCGGGUCGGGAGCCUUUCUGCGAGAGGGGUUCUACACCGACUUUGACGGCACGCGCGUAUACAGCCCUCCCGAGUGGAUCCAGCGGAGCCGGUACAACGGGCGCGCGGCCACCGUCUGGUCGCUGGGCAUCCUGCUGUACGACAUGGUGUGCGGGGACAUUCCCUUCGAGCAGGACGAGCAGAUCCUGCGCGCCGAGCUCCACUUCCGGCGGCAGCUGUCGCCCAUGUGCGAGGACCUGAUCCGGCGCUGCCUGGCGCUGGCGCCCUCCGACCGGCCCAGCCUGGAGGAGAUCCUCGAGCACCAGUGGAUGCUGGCCGACGACCUCAACAGCACCGUCUCCGAGAACAUCCCGGUGCGCUGUGCGCGCGGAGAGCAGUCCGCGCUGGACCACAACUCCACCGGGAGCCAAGACAGCAUCUGCAUUUGAUGAUCACGCCCCUUCUAGCGAGCACCAAUUCAUCGGCAAGAAUCUCCGCUGCCAAGUCUACGACUGCCGAGCGUGUGAGGAAGGAGAGGUGCCCAUCUGUGCGUCUAGGGGCGACGAAGCUAAGGAACUGCCUCCAAUUAUUGCGUAGCUGUGAUAUGAUGGGCCCUCUUUUAACAUUAUGUUCCAUUCCCCAGCGUCAUCCUGUAUUUAUUUUUGAGAAUGUACGCGAGUGAACCACCCACAUUGACCUCAUCCAUCAUCACAAGCAGUGUAAUCUACCAUCCAGUAAUUUCAUAAACAGUGUACAUAUGUAUGUGGCAUUCUUACUCUCGACGCGCAGUAAGUUAUUUCCUCGUGUGGUGCACUGCUGUUCCUCUUAUUUAUGUGUUCUCGGUUUAGUGUCGUCUUUUUGGAAGAAAAGCAUUGUGUACAUAGUUUGUACAAAAUAGUCGCGAACCGGGUAUUUUUAUAGAAAAUAUGCUGAAAAUAAAUGU